UUUUCUCUUUUUGUCCCUUGUUUUCUCUGUUGUUAGUUCUUAAUUGUUCACAAUUAAUUCUCAAUUACUUUGGCCUCCCCUGUGCUGGUUUACGCCUUAGCCCGUUGAUCUAUUUCCCUCUCAGUGUUUUCCAUCUUUUAAAAUCUCUUUCUCUAUUCUCUGUCUGCCUUUCUGUCUUCUUACUUUUCCUUCUCCCUCCUCAUCUGUUUGUGUCUCUUUUUUAUUCAUCUCAUUCUUCAACCUGAUUCCAAUUCCAUCAGAACAAAAAAGUCCACAUGAAACUUUUUUUCUAAUAUUUUUUUUAUUUCUACAUCUUUUCCUCUUCUCACUGUUUCUAUUUAGUUAAUCAAUUGAUUUGUGAACAUUGAUAAACUCUAAAUCUGUUAAUCAUGGAGAAUCAAAUUCUAACCAUUCUCAACAUGGAUACUUCUUGUUAACUCUCAAGUGUUUUUGUGUUGAUAUUUUUGCUUCUUCUCUUCCUGAAUUCAUCUCUCCUUUCCUUUGGUGUCACCAAUUAAAGUGAUUCCAUCAUUUCCUAUGUGCCUUAACCAUUGACUAUCAAUCAUUUUUAUCCAUCAUUUUACUUCAUUUCCAUUCAUCAAUACACAAUAAGUUUCUCAUUUGGAUUAAUUUCUUCUCACAAAUUUUAACCUGUGUAUCUAUUUUGUUAAUCAUUACCAUUCUUAACUCACCUUAAUCAUGUUGAGAAUAAUUUUUCUAACCUUUCUAACAAUUAACAUUGUUCUGGCCUUAGAUGGGCCUAAUACUUGUAUUGAAGAAAAAGAAGUUCCAGUAAUAGUUAAAGUACCUGCCAAAGUCCCACAAGAAACCAAAACAUUCAAAUGGUGUAUCUCUAAAUUUCCACCUCGAUGUGAAGUGACAAAAAUCGUUUACGUUGAAGGUUACAGGGAAGAAAUUCAUUACGAAAAGAAUCGAACUCGAGUUUGCUGUAAAGGCUAUGCCGAAGCUCGUAAUAAAUGUAUUCCCGUUUGCUCGAGCCCGUGUCUCCAUGGACGUUGUAUAUCCCCAGAAAAAUGUGAUUGCGAACCAGGAUGGGCAGGAAUUAAUUGUGAUAUAAAGCACACUUGUCCCAAAGGUAAAAAAGGCAAAAACUGUGACCAACCUUGUUUAUGCCAAAACGACGCGGGUUGUGAUGCUAUUUCGGGCGAAUGUAUCUGUCGACCAGGCUGGACUGGUGUCGACUGUUCUGAGAAAUGUCCACGAAGAUUUCAUGGGUUCCGUUGUCUCGAUGAAUGUAAAUGUUUCAACGAUGGUGAUUGUGAUCCUGUUAACGGUCGGUGUAAAUGUAAACCAGGCUGGAAAGGCCAAUAUUGCCAAAUUGAGUGUUCAGGAAAUGAUGAUGAAUGCGUUCAAGGCUGCUAUUGUGACCAUGGUGGUUACUGUAACUCGACCACUGGUUUGUGUAAAUGUCCACCCGGUUACACUGGCGAUUAUUGUUCUGACCAGUGUCCCUAUGGUACCUAUGGAUUAAAUUGUGCUCACCGUUGUGCUUGUAAUUACAGUGACCCAAGUUCAGAGGAACAUGUUGUCUGUGACCAUAUUAGUGGAUGUAAAGUUUGGUCAUCCGCUUCAUUAAAGAUUCUUGAUACCAAUGAAUCGGCUAUUUUAAGUGGUGCCAAUCCAACAUCAUCGACAACCCUAAUUCUAUUAAUUGGCAUGAUUAUAAUUGUUCUUCUUAUUUCUGGAUUUCUUAUUUUAAAAUACCGACGGGAACUUCGAUUGCUCAAUUCUGAACUUGCCUUUGUCACCUACAUAUCAAGGAAAGAGUCAAAUGAUCGGUUUGAUAAUCCACUUUACUCUUAUCAAGCAACUGAUUAUAAACCACCGUUGUCACCAUCAGGACAAUCCCCACCUUUACCACCUCCACAAGCAUCAUCAUCAUCACCUUCAUCAGCCUCCUUCUUAUCAACCAAAGCCGCUUUACUGAGUGGAUUCAAACGAGACCCUGAACUGGUCUCAUCUUCAUCCUCAUGUAAAGCAACAAACGAUAAAUUUUCAGGUCUUCCAAAUGAUUUCCUGAAACCUUUCAACUCACCAACAAGUUGCUAUGAAGAUUUAAAAACAUCCAAACGAGAGUAUAACUCAAACAUAUAUGAAGAUGGCGAUAAUCAUUGUGGAUCCAAAUUCUUAUCCCCAUCAUCAACAAUAACACCUCCAUCACCAACACCAACAACAACAACAUUAGCAAAGGAACCAGUUUAUGCUGAGAUUCCAGGCUCAAGAAGUUUCAAUUGCUCCGACAAUUCAGAUGAUGAAGAUCUCAAAGAGAAUCAAUAUGAUGUUCCAAGACCAAUUAACUCUCCCAACAAACUUGAUAAUCUAAAAUAGUGACAAUACAAUUAUCGUCACCAGCCAAUUUAUUAUAAAUAGUUUUUCCGCUCUCCAGUGUUACCACCACACACAAAACCCUAGACUCAAAUGAAAAAAAGUCAAAGGCAAAAAGAUGAUGAGGAAAUGAUCAAUCAUCUUAUAUAUUUUGUCAUCUCAUUUCUCCCCCAACGCCAUCAUCAUUAUCCUCAUCAGCAUAAUAUUUAUUAUAUUAUUAAGAUAACAAUUUACAAACUGUGCUUGUGUUAAUCACCAACAUCUAAUUGCUUUUUUUAUAUAUUGUCAAGAGAAAGAUUUUCUUAAUUCUAUUUCUAUUGGAUUUUAUAAAUAUACUACUACUUUAGUUGCGAUUUUAAUUGUGACAAAUAUGCAAGUCUUUCUCAUCUUAAUUAUCAUCACCACCAACAAUUAAAACUGAUUAUCACAAUUUAAUCUGCCACAAUAUCAAUUUAUAAUCAGUCAUGAAAAUCACUGGAAUCAAAUAUAAAUAUAUAUUCAAAUAAAAAGAUUCAAACAAUUA